UCGCUGCUAAAGUGUAUAAAGCCGGCCAUUCCGCCCCGUAUAUAGGUGCUUCACGUAUGUCUAGCAUCCGUCAUUCGUUGACAUCCACCCUCCAAGCAUGAGGCCAUGCAGCUGCUCAGGGUGUAGGCUUGGGGGUUGUCUCCAUUUCUUCGCCCAUGCCGCGAUGCGUGUCGAACAACCCACCGACUGCAUUACAGCUGCUCGCCAGCUCUUUGCCUGCUGAUGACGUUCUUACCAUGAUGUUCCCCAUGUACACAGUGUUUGCAGAAGUCCUCCUCGAGAUGACCACCAUUCGCCCUCAUGAAGAACUCAAGGCUGAUGGGAACCUCGUUGUCUUUGAGGAGAGCAUAGGCAUCAGUGGGUUGCAACGCAUCACCCUGACCCCGAUGGUGAGCAAAUGCAGGUCUUGGAGGAUGCCUUGAAGCGUCUUCUCUACAAGCAGGGGUUUGUUCCUCCAGAUUUUGCCAGGGCAGCAUAUAGUAUGGACACCGCACCUGGCAUUGUACACCAAAACUUUCAGUCGAAGCAGCUCUUCAUUUGGUACGACUACUUCUCCGUGCCACAAUGUGCAUUAACAUGCAUGCACAACGAACAGUCCAACGCCAUCCAGAGCAUCCCUGCCUACAUUGCCCGAUGUCGCUUCUUUUUUGCUUUGUGUCCGACGCUGGACUCCCCCUUUCAGGGUCAGGUUCUGAGCACUGCCAGUUGGGCCAGGCGAGGCUGGUGCAGGCUAGAAAGAGCUGCGCGUGAGCUCUCAGCCAAUCACAGCUGGAUUUUGGUGCAAAGUUCAGAUUUUCUGGAAGUGGUGAGUGACUUCGUUCCUGGAACAGUUGGGGAAGGCGAGUUUACCAUUGAGGAAGAUCGCACGAAGCUGGCAGUUGUGAUGCGAGACAUCAUCAAGCACAAACACCCUUUGUCUCAGGGCAGGGGAUUUGCCGGCCUACUGUACCGCAGGAACUUGAACCUACAGAACGUCCACCUGCGUCAUUUGCAGGUUGAGCCCAUUGAGGACGUUCUGCCCACAUCCACUGAGGACCAGGACUUGGUGGAAGCUUUCUUUUAUCAAAACGGGUUUCGCAAGAAUCACAGAGAAGGAUGGGGCAGGAUGGUUGCCCCUUCACUAUGCAGCAUUGUCCGGCAAUACACAGCUGGUCAAUGGCCUGCCCCUGCAGCGUGCCAAUCCAAACAGGCGGACCACCAAAGCUGAACCGACGCUUGGCUUUCCCCCUUGGGUUUCAGCGCUGGACUUGGCUCUAUAUGCACAACAAUGCGGCCCAGCUGCUGAUCAGCUUGCGAGCAGAACUGAAUGGUGGAGUCGAACACCCCAUCCACCUCGCCGCUACGUCGAACAACGUGGAAGGUCUCCGCUUGCUUUGUGCAGCUGGGGGCGAUGUCAAGGUAAGCAACGUCUUUGGCAUGAGUGGGGCGGCGAACGCUGCAGCAACGGGCGGCGAACUUUGGCCAUAUGGAGGUGCUGGAGCAACUGUUACAGUUUCAGGUGCACAGCCCCCGUGAGCUGCCUCUUUGGGCCACGCCUGCUCAGCUGAAAUCGCGGAUCAUCUCAUUGAGCUCAGGGCAGACGUGGACUUCCAGUUUGAUGUUCGUUGUGACUUAUCCCGGCCGGGGCGCAUGAUCUUUGCACUAGUGGAGAUGAAGCACCGGUUUGGGCAGCAGACGCAGUUCUCUAAUGUUCUCUACGUUCUGCUACCACAGCCAUGGCAGCACCCCCUUGAUGACAGCCCUGCAGUUCGCUCACUACGAAUGCGCUGCAGUGCUGGUCGCUGCGGGGGCUCGACUGUACCUCCAAAACUGCCGGCAGUGGGCUGCCGCCAACUUCGUGGGCUCCUCGACCUUGCCUCGCUUUUUGCAGAAGGGCCUCCAGGGAGACCCCUCUGACUGCGCAAGGGUGGUCUCACUCGCGCUGGCCGGCCAUGUCCAAGUCCACAUGUAAAGUUCUUCGAGUGUGCCUUCUUGGCGGUCCGCGAAGUGGAUCCCGGAGCACUGCGGUAGUUUGUUUCCGCGGUGAGCACUCGGAAGUCUCGGAAGGAUGC